AAAUCAGAAUGGAACUAGACAAAAACUACGCGGCUCCAAGGACUUGCAGAGCAGGACAUGGAGGAGUCAAUCAGCUAGGUGGUGUGUUUGUAAAUGGGCGACCCCUUCCUGAUGUAGUACGUCAAAGAAUUGUGGAACUUGCCCAUCAAGGUGUACGGCCGUGUGACAUCUCAAGGCAACUACGGGUCAGCCAUGGAUGUGUCAGCAAGAUCCUUGGCAGGUACUAUGAAACUGGCAGUAUUAAACCUGGUGUAAUUGGUGGAUCGAAACCAAAGGUUGCCACCCCCAAAGUUGUGGACAAAAUCGCAGAUUACAAGAGGCAAAACCCCACUAUGUUUGCAUGGGAGAUCAGGGACAGACUGCUAGCAGAGCGAGUAUGUGACAAUGACACAGUGCCCAGCGUCAGCUCAAUAAACAGGAUCAUUCGAACAAAAGUGCAACAGCCCACAAACCAGCAAGUACCACCAUCAAACCACAGCAUAGCUUCAACUGGAUCAGUGACUCAGGUCUCCUCAGUAAGCACAGACUCAGCAGGUUCUUCUUACUCGAUCAGUGGAAUUCUGGGAAUAACAUCGUCUAAUGCUGAAAGCAACAAACGCAAAAGAGAUGAAGGUGUUCCAGACUCACCUAUACCAAAUGGCCAUUCGCUUCCGGGAAGGGAUUUCCUUCGGAAGCAGAUGAGAGGGGAUCUCUUCACUCAGCAGCAACUAGAUGUGUUGGAUCGGGUGUUUGAGAGGCAACAUUACACCGACAUCUUCACAACUACAGAACCCAUCAAACCAGAACAGACAACAGACUAUUCAACCAUGGCGUCUCUAACUGGUGGCUUGGAUGAGAUGAAAUCCAGUCUAACGAGUCCUUCUUCAGGAGAUUUAGGGGGAGCUGUUCCUGGACCACAGUCAUACCCUAUAGUGACAGGUCGUGAUUUGGCAAGCACAACCCUCCCUGGGUACCCUCCGCACGUCCCCCCUGCCGGACAGGGCAGCUAUUCUGCUCCAACACUGACAGGAAUGGUGCCUGGAGGUGAUUUCUCUGGUAGUCCAUAUAGCCAUCCACAGUAUUCUUCCUAUAAUGAUUCAUGGAGAUUUCCUAACGCUGGCUUACUAGGUUCUCCAUACUAUUACAGUGCAGCAAGAGGAGCAGCGCCCCCUGCUGCCGCCACUGCCUAUGAUCGUCACUGACAAAAUGCAAUGAGAACACGAGCACUUACAACU